GUCAACACCGCCUCCCCUUCACCGGCGCCGCCAACGACAUACACACCCUCAUCCUCCAUUCGUCGCGAGCCCGCUUGCCACGCUGAAGGCCAGACACAGGUUGGCAACUGGUUCCUCCUUUUCUCUCUCCUUCUCUCUCUUUCACUCUCACUCUCACUCUCACUUUCGCUUUCUCUUUCUCUCCCCUUUUCAUUUCUUUUCUCUUCCUUUCUUAUUUUAUUCUCGCUCUCUUUUUCUUUUUCUCUUCCUGUUCGCUCUUCCUCUCUUCUAUUUUCCUUUUCUUUUAUUGAUUUCUCUCUUGUUCUCCUCAUGACCUCUUCUCAUAUUAUAUCUUCUUUCCUUUCUCCUUUUCUUCCUCGCUCCCUUUCUCAUUCUCUCAAUACCUUGCUAUCUCUGCCUCUGCCUCUCCCUCUCCCCUUAUCUUCUUUUGCUCAUUUCUAA